AUGCCAGACGUAUUUAGAUCAUCAGAGAACCGACUUUCAUACAAUCAUUUCUCGCGGAGGAAGAGAUGGCUACUAUCUGCGUCAAUAACACAGCCAUUGGAUAGGGUUAAUAUGCUAGGAGAUGAGAAUAUUGGACACACAGGAUGCGUGAAUGCCCUUAACUGGGCCAAGGAUGGCGAAGUGUUGCUCAGCGGGGGAGAUGACACUACUGUGCGUGUUUGGAGAGUGGAUCCUUCUAAUGAGACCCAAGAAUACCCCUUCGUCUGCGACGCUGUCAUUCGGACAGGACAUCGCGGAAACAUCUUCAAUAACCAGCUUCUUCCUCAUUCCUCACGCAUUGCUAGCGUCGCCCGAGAUGGGCAAGUGCGGGUAUCCGACGUCGCCGGCGUCAUGGACCACUCUGUCGGCGGGCGUGAAGUUGUGUACACUCCUCGGCAGACAAACGUCCGAGUACUGAGGUGCCACGACGACCCGGUGAAAAGGAUCAUCACGGAGGACAGUCCCGAUUUAUUCUUGACGGUUUCUGAAGACGGGAGCGUGAGGCAACACGACCUGCGGACACAUCAUGUCUGCUCGGAAGGCCAGUGCCCAGCCCCACUUGUGCAGUUGAAACAUCCACUCUCGACCAUCUCCCUGUCGCCUCUGACUCCUUAUCAGUUCGUCGUCGCUGGAGAGUCUCCUUACGGCUAUCUUUUCGACAGACGUCACUCAGUGCGGCAUUUGCAGUACGACUGGGGCAUGUCUGCGGAGAAAGAUAGUGCAACGACUUGCGUGCGACGCUUCGGUCGAGAGCCUUCACAGUCUCAUCAGAGACGAGGAUCGGACCAUAUCACUGGCUGCAGAAUGGCCAACAGCAAUGGACAUGAGGUAUUACUAUCGUAUAGUUCAGACGCAGUAUAUCUCUAUUCAACCCAAGACGAUCCUCAAUCAAAGUGCAAAGAAAAGGCCAUGCUGCGUCCUGAAAAGCGUGUGCGACUAUCUACUUCACCGCAGGAACCAACAGCAUCCCAAGCAAAUGCCCCAGGGUCGUCAACACCCGAUAUCUUGAUGGAACAAGACAUUGAUCGCUUCCUGGAUGAGGACCACGCGGACUACGAGCAAGACGGAGCGAUAGAGGUGGAAGACCGGUCUCUAACCUUGGAUUCAGAUGCGGAAGAUGACGACGACGUUAGCGAGAGCGGGACUACUCGAGACCUCAUGUUCUAUCCAGACGUCCCUGUGGUGAUGCCCCGGAGUCGGUUCGCUGGGCAUUGCAAUGUUGAAACAGUGAAAGAUGUCAAUUUCCUUGGGCCAGAUGACCAAUUCGUUGUAUCUGGUUCCGACGACGGUCACUGGUUCAUGUGGCAAAAGUCGACGGGGCGCCUUCAUGACGUUCUCGAGGGCGAUGGCUCCGUCGUGAAUGUGAUUGAAGGACAUCCUUAUUUACCUCUGGUUGCUGUCAGUGGUAUUGAUACGACUGUCAAGCUGUUCGCUCCAGCGCAUGGUCCGAGAUCAUUCUCAAGGCUAGAUGACGCUGACAAUAUCAUCAAUCGCAACACAGAGGCUGCCUCGUCAUACGUAGGCCUGACAAGAUUGGUCGUGUACACGGAGCUGGCCCGUAGGAUGGGUUUGGACGCCGGUGAUCAAUGUGUCAACCAGUGA